AUUGUUACUUAGAAUUAAAACGUCCAACAGGAGAAGGUCGUGUAUUAUUCCUGCCUCGGCUGGUGGUUCAGAAUAAUUUUUUUCGAAAUAAAAAAUAUAGUCCCUUCCGGCAGAAUCUCUAUAAAACAGUCUCAUGGUGAAGUUACAUACUCGUAUCCUCGUGUCUUUUGUGCUCUUCUCUAUCAAACAUACCGAUGGACAAGAUCAAACUCUUCUUUUCACUGGAUCAAAUCCAUCCUCGCCACCUGGUUUUAAUUUACCGACUGGUAAUCAGCAGUGUACCUGUGUACCACAAGGAAGUUGUCAAAGAUUUUCAUCUUCUUCUCCAUUAAUUGAUAUAAGGAUUGUUAAUAUGGGCACAUUUUGUACUCCGGGUUUUGAAUACUGUUGCGACGGAACAGGUGGGAACGUCAUUGAUGGUACUUGUGGUUUAAGAAAAAUUCCUGCAACUCCUCAACCUACAGGACAAGCGAGCUACGGUGCCUAUCCUUGGCAGGCUGCCUUGUUGACAACUAGUAAUAAUUAUAUCGGUUCUGGUGUUCUAAUUAAUUCUAACCAUGUUUUGACUGUUGCUCACAAAGUAGCCGCUUAUCGUAAUGGUGGAUUUAAAGUACGUCUGGGAGAAUGGGACGCACGAAGCACGACCGAACAAUAUCCUUAUCAGGAAUAUCAAGUAGCCAGGCUCUUCAUUCACCCAAAUUUUAAUUCGCAAAAUUUACAAAAUGACGUAGCCGUUAUAAGACUUGCCUCCAAUGUUCCAAUUUCAUCCAGUCCGAACAUUAAUACAGCUUGUUUGCCUAAUUCAAUGCCUUCACCACAAACUAGGUGCUGGGUUUCCGGUUGGGGUAAAAACGCAUUUGGAUCAAGCGGAAGUUAUCAGAGUAUCAUGAAAGAAGUCGAUGUACCAAUUUUAAGUCAGACAACAUGCGAGACGCAGUUGCGGGGUACACGUCUUGGUCAGUUCUUUGUCCUAGAUCGUAACAGCUUCCUCUGCGCUGGAGGAGAAAUGGGCAAGGAUGCCUGCACGGGAGAUGGCGGUUCUCCGUUAGUUUGUCAAAAUGGCUUCGGAGCUUUUCAAGUUGUGGGUAUGGUCGCCUGGGGCAUAGGCUGUGCGACAGCAGGAGUUCCUGGUAUAUAUAUCAAUGUAGUGAAUUUCCUCUCUUGGAUAAAUCAACAGGUUACGCAAAUGGUAUAACCAUCGUCAUCUCUAUAAAUAAGGUAUUUCAUUUAAUCGAUUAUAAUGUCACAAUAGGACUGACAAGUAUUUUCCGAAGUCUUACAAUUAAAAUAAAGGCAUAUUUCUACAGAAUUCAUGGUUUCUUUCUUUUUUCGAUGCAUAAAACUUAUAUUUCUUCGCAUAGUAAUAACAUCGAUUUGAUAUAAAUAUUUCUCCUUAGUUUAUUUACACGUGUUCUUUAUGUCUGCUAAAAAAGUUUUUAUUCUCUUUGUUUCUUUGUAAGUCGAAGUCGUGAGCGUUGCGGCGAGUCCUUAUUAAGUUUUAGAGUUUAACGUGACCGUCAAAGGUUCCUCAAUAUGGCUUGAGAAAG